AGAUCCUCAUCUAUCAUCCUUCAAUCAAAAUAUAUAUAAGUAGUGAUCUAGACGCUCUUAUAUUUCAAAGAAAACUGGCAACCGGCCAUCAUGAAGACCUCGUUCAUCCUCGCUCUCCUCACCCUCACAGAGACCAACACUGUUGCGCAGCUGGACACUACCUGUAGCCAGGGCUCCGGACAAUCUCAGCAGCAACAACAACCAUGGCAACAAUGGCGGCAACAGAUGGACCCAUCCGUGGAAUUCUUGCGGGGCCAGUGCAACACAAUGACAUUGCCAUUUGUCCAGUCACGUAUGUGGCAACUUAGCAGCUGCCAUAUAAUGCGACACCAGUGCUGCCAGCAGCUAGCACAUAUCCCGGAGCAGUUCAGGUGCCAGACCAUCCACAUCGUUUCUCAAGCUAUCACGCGGCCGCAGCCGCAGCCGCAGCCCCAAGCUCCGCUUGAGAUAAUGAAGAUGUCGCUUCAGACCUUGCCGUCGAUGUGCAACGUGUAUGUCCCGGCAUACUGCAAUCGCCAUGACAUCCCUAUGGCCAGAUGUAGCGGUGGACGGUUUUGUCAAUCAAUGUAGUGGUAGGAAAAAUAAAAGUGCCUAGCAUGAUCGCGUGGCCAUGAGCAAAAAUAGGAGUGACAGUGCUCGUCGAUUGAUGCAUCCGAGCUGAGGAGUACUUUUCUUAGUGGAGCCUAUGAGCUUUUUUUUU